GCUCAGCAAAGAGAGGCCGUUGUCGUCGAAGUCGCGGUUGCCUCGACCCAGCUGCGACCUCUGAUCUGCCUUUUCGGUGCUCUCUGAGGACGAUAAGAGGGCGAUGAAAUCGAACCGCCCGUGAAAAUACAAUAUUGCACGCCUCCACUGUCUGCAGGCCGUUGGUUAUUUGAAAGGUUGGAUCUAAAUUUAUCGUGAAAUCAUGGCUUCACGCUUGAGAAAAUUGGCCUAUGGAGGAGCCUUACUGGGAACCACAGGUGUCCUGGGCAGCUGGCUCUGGGAUGACCUGAACAGCAAAAAGAAGCUUGUGAUGAUGGAGACCAACCUGGCAAAGGUAAAGUCAACUAGACAUCUUCCCACUAGAGCAGAGCAGUUGGAUUCACUGAAAAAAGAAUCAUUUGACGUGCUCAUCAUUGGAGGCGGUGCAACUGGAGCAGGAUGUGCAGUGGAUGCUGCAACAAGAGGUUUGAAGACGGCCAUGGUAGAGGCAGACGACUUUGGCUCUGGCACUAGCAGUCGUAGCACCAAACUGAUUCACGGAGGCGUCCGCUACCUUCAAAAGGCCAUUAUGCAGCUCGACGUGGACCAGUAUAACAUGGUCAAGGAGGCACUCUACGAGAGAGCCAAUCUUUUGGCUGUGGCGCCCCACCUGUCCCACCCGCUGCCCAUCAUGCUGCCUGUCUACACCUGGUGGCAAAUCCCUUACUUCUGGUUUGGCAUCAAAAUGUACGACCUCGUCGCCGGCUCCAAGUGUGUCAAGAGCUCUUACUAUCUGUCCAAGAAAGACGCCUUAGAGUUGUUCCCCAUGCUGAAGAAAGACAAGCUCUGCGGAGCCAUUGUUUAUUAUGACGGCCAGCAAAACGACGCGAGAAUGAACCUGGCCCUGGCCCUGACUGCCACGCGAUACGGCGCCACCGUGGCCAACCAUGUGCGGGUGACCAGCCUUCUGAAGGACGCCAACGGCAAGGUCUGCGGUGCCAAAAUGCGGGACGAAAUGGGCGAUGGCAAGGAGUGGGAAGUGAAGGCCAAGUGCGUCAUCAACGCCACUGGCCCCUUCACUGACUCAAUCAGGAAGAUGGACGACCCAAAAGUUAAGGAGAUCUGCGCUCCAAGCUCUGGAGUGCACAUUGUGCUGCCAGGUUACUACAGCCCUGACCAAAUGGGCCUGCUUGACCCUGCCACCUCCGACGGCAGAGUCAUCUUCUUCCUGCCUUGGGAAAAGCAGACCAUCGCUGGCACCACUGACGCUCCGUGCGAGAUCACUCACCACCCUGCCCCUUCUGAGGAUGAGAUUCAGUUCAUUUUGGAUGAGGUCAAGCACUACCUGAGCCCUGACGUUGAAGUUCGUCGAGGAGAUGUACUCUCUGCAUGGAGCGGCAUCCGUCCCCUUGUGUCUGACCCAAACAAACCUGAUACGCAAUCCUUGGCUCGCAACCACAUUGUCCACGUUUCCAAGAACGGCCUGGUGACCAUCGCCGGUGGAAAGUGGACCACAUACAGAGCCAUGGCGUACGAAACCAUCGAUGCUGCGGUCAAGGCGCUUAACUUGAAACCUCCUAUGGAGAAUACACAAACCGACGGGCUGUAUCUUGAAGGUGGCAAGGGAUGGUCGCCAACCAUGUAUAUUAGACUGGUGCAGGAUUUUGGUCUUGAGUGCGAGGUUGCUCAGCACUUGGCCAACACAUACGGCGACCGCGCCUUCGCAGUGGCAAGGUUGGCGGCAAUGACCGGCCAGCGGUGGCCCAUCAUUGGCAAGCGUCUGCACCCCGAGUUCCCUUACAUUGAUGCUGAGGUGCGUUACGCUGUGAAGGAGUAUGCGUGCACCGCCAUCGACGUGAUCGCCCGCCGCCUCCGCCUGGCCUUCCUCAACGUCCAGGCGGCCCAGGAGGCGUUGCCCAUGAUCGUUGACCUGAUGGGCGAGGAGCUCGGCUGGAAUGCCAACGAGAAGAAGGCGCAAUUUGAGGCGGCCCUCAAGUUCCUGCAGCUAGAGAUGGGCCAGAACGUGAACAGGGCCAGCAGGGACAAGAUUCCCAUCAACCUGAGCAAGAACGAGGUGCAGAUGUACAUCAAGAGGUUCAACCUGAUCGACAAGGACAAGAAGGGCUACGUCUCCAUCAAUGACAUCAGAAACAGUUUGAAGCGCACUGGUGAAGAAGUUUCUGGAGAACAGCUGCAUGAAAUCUUGAGAGAAAUCGAUACCAACAUGAACGGGCAGGUCGAGCUUGAUGAGUACUUACAGAUGAUGUCUGCCAUCAAAUCUGGUGCUGUCACUUACUCAAGGUUCGCGACGAUUGCCGAGAUUGAGGAAGAGCACCUCGAGAGGGAGCGGCUGAAGAAGGGAAUCAGCGUUGAUCGAAGCGGUGGUGGGUUGUAAAUUGAACUCAAUGCAACUCAUUUCAGUAUUGUCUUUACCACUCUGGUCUGGUUAAUUGCUUUUCGCAGCGGAGAGAGAGAGAGAGAGAGAGAGAGAGAGUUUGAUUUUUCAAUAUUGAACUCCAAAAACUCAUAGAUUGAUAAAAGAGGCUUUUUAUACGGAGCAUUUCAAAUGACGGUAAUAAACUAUAUAUGAGAAUCUCUCCUAUCUACAUUGCUGAUUCAAGGACUUUUAUAUCAUGUCGAUAUUCUGGAGCAAAAGCCAGGGCAUUUUUGCUACGCUUUUGACAGGAGUUCAAAUUUCAAACCCGCUGCGAAGUUCAUUUUAGUCUAAAGAGCUGUUAUUCUUGCCUCUUUUGAGGGAUCAGUCAUUCGACUUCACAAUUAUUGAGAGGAACUUUUUUUGUACUUAUUGAUUUCGGCGAACGAAACUGUGCAAUCCUAUUUACACAGAUCUGUGCCUGCUUGCACACAUGUAUUAGAUAAUUUAUUGCUUUAUGUUACCUGAUUUGUGAAGUUACCAUUUUUGUUAAAUUGAACAGUAUUAUGUGAAAGUAUACAUCUAUUGUUUACCAGUUAACCCUUUGUGAUUUCAUCCUUGAAAUGAAAAGACUAAUUAAUGUUAAUGAAUUCAAUGUAUUCGGAGACAUGAAAAGUCAAUCAUUUGUUAUAUCAACGUCAUAUGUCACGUUGAGUUUUAAAAGACAUCAUUCUAUCUGGUUUUCAUCUUUGCUACGACACGAGAAUCGCUUAGUCCCUUAUUGUUGCAAAAUGCUUUUCAUAUUUUGGACUUUCUCAUCUUGCAAGCCAUAAUAAGCGCAAAUUACUAAGAUCAUUAUGAAAAUAAUAUUGUAGAAUAAUAGGACCUCUUCUGCCAAAGUAGAAAUUUUAUUUUUGUAGUCAGUGCGAAACCACCAAAUAUUUUGUUGAUAUACCCUUAACGCGAGUAUUAAUAUUCGUUAUGAUGGAAAGUUGAAUUUUCAUUUUUGUGCAUCUGUCACAAGAUUAUUUAUUCAAUUCGUUUUGUUAUAUUCUCUAGUGCAAACUGUUAUUCGGUGAAAUCCAUUAAUAAAUAAUUGAAAGUCGUCAUUGUUGAUAUAA